CAGGCACACAAACUAAAAGUUUGUUUAUGUUUGGCGAAACUCCAAAUUAUCAGUAAAUGAUCGUCUUUGUCAAAAAUUUUCUUUCGAAACAAACAAUGUUCAUCCCAAUAUUUGGUGGUUAUUUUUGUUUAUCUUGGUUCUUUUUACGAUUCCCACAGCUCCUUCAUCGCAAAAAAGAAAGAAAAUUUAAAUGCCGGCACAUCAGUCAUCGAGGAGGUAUUUCAAAAUGUGAAUUGUCAAAAAUGUUGUGAUUACUUAUUUAUAAAUUUUAAGUUUAUGAUGUUUAUCUAAAUUGUAUAGGUGAAAGCCAUUGUAAAAAAUUAAAUACAUGUUGAAGCUUGGUUAACUGGAAAUAUUUCAACUUAAAUAUAAACUUGAUAUAAACCAAAUUUGACAUGUAAUAAUUAUCUUGAUAAAUGUCAAAUAUCAAUUAGAGAUGAGUUUUCCCUAUGUGUGCUAGCCAAUCAAAGUACAUAAUGCGUAAUUAAUAGAAUAUGUUUAUUGAUGCUAUAAACUUUGCCAAUAAACUUACUAAAUGUCUUACGCAGUAAAUAUAUGUACAUAUAUUUUAGGAAUUUUUCUUUUCAAGAAAAAAGGAAAUUGGUUACCAAAAAUUACAUAACAGAUGAUCUUAUUAAAACUAAAUGAAGCUACACCACAUAGACUUUCAAAACUUGUCAUGUACAUGCUAUUGCCGUCUUUUUUAUGUCCUUGAUGCAAUUUCAGUUUAACCGUUUAAGUGGCAUUGUGCCCUAAUGUGUCCUAUUUUGUUAUUUUAUUCUGUCUAACGCCAGACGAUUUUACUUGUCAAGGGGAAGAUGCCGGCACUCAACAGGUUAAAAAAUAAUUGUCUCUUCCAUAUUUCACCAUUUCAAAUUUACUGCAACAAGAGCCCAUACUAUAUGCCUUUGCCUGCUAAUUAUGAACAAAUAAUUAGAAUGCAUGCCUGUACAAGUUCCAGGAAAGUUAAUUGAUUAAAUUCAUUUGAAGGUGCUGGUGAAAAUAUAGAAAAUACAAUGACGGCAUAUCAUCAGUAAGUCAGAUAAAACUUUUUAAGAAGAAAAGACUGUUAGAUGUAACAUUACUGCCAAAAUUCUGAUAAAUUUUCAUAUUUCAGUGCGGUACAGAAAGGAACAGAAAUGUUGGAACUAGAUGUUCACCUAACAAAAGAUGGCCAGGUUUAUCUACAAUUAUAAUUAACACAAGAACAUUCAUCAUUAGCACACUCUUAAUUACAGUGCAGGCAUUACAGUAUGUACUAUGAUUAAAUUUACCAUGAUAUGUUAUUAUACAAAUAAUGAAUGUUUAUGAGUGCAAUGGUAAGAAUAUUUUCAUGAGGUGAAAGAUGGAAUGUUCCAUUCAACGAGGCGACAGCCGAGUUGAAUGGAACAUUCCAUCUUUCACCGCACAAAAAAAUUCAUUAUUUGUUUUAUAUAAUACCAAAAUAGACUAAUAGAUUCGUAUGAGAAGCAUUUUGAGUGAUGCGAUUUAUUGAAAACACAAAGAGUGCAAUUGUACUAUACGUUUUAUUCCAUUGCACUCGCAGAGAGUGCAAUGGAACAUAUGUUCCAUUGCACUCUUGGGAAAUGGAAUUUUCUAUUCAAUAUCAUGUGACCAUAAACGGCCAAUUAAACGACUAGAAUUCAAUAAGGUAUUAUAUAAAGUAUACUUGAAACCAAACAAGUAAUCCAGGUGAUCUCGUGCUCAUAUUUUAGCCAAUCAGCGCUCAGAAAGGGCUGUCCGAAUAGAAAUCCAUUUUGAUGUAUUCCGUCAAUUAUAUCUUUCGUUAUUCUUGAUGAAACUAGUUGAAAUUUUGUAAUUAUGUUUGGCUAUGAGAACUAUAGCUCUGACAAAAAUAUGGAAUCGAAAUAAAGUAUAUUACAGGAGAUAUUCAGUUGUUUUAAUCAUAAAAUGGAUUUCUAUUUGACAACUAGUGCCAGUACUUUUCCGCAUAUCAAGAUCAUCUGGAUUAUUAGACAAAUUUACCAAUAGAACAAAUUCUCAAUAACCUAGUUGGUCUUAUUGUUUUUUUUGGUACAGGUGGUGGUUACCCAUGAUAAUGACCUUGGCAGAAUAUGUGGUGUCAAACAAAAAAUUUGUGAAACCAAUUAUGAGGUAUUCAUUAUAACAGUAAUUACCACAAUGUACCACAUUAAGUUGCACCCAUGGCACUCUCCCAUAUAUCUAUACUUUAUCUAUUCAAUAUGUUCAACAGCUUUACUACUUAAUUACUCAUCAAAAAGUUAAUAUAUCUUCUAACUUUCAGGAUCUUCCAACUUUGUUGCCCGUGUUGGAUGUCACAUUCAAUCCAGGUAUGUUCAAUCCAUUAAGCUGCAAGAACUCAGUGGUGGAUCCAGCAAAGUUUUUUGUGUGGGGGUGCUAACCAAUGGCGAAACGAGCGCCGAAGGCACGAGAUUUCUAGGAAUACUCCCCCGGAAAAUUUUUAAAAUUUGGGUCUCUGAAAUGGCAUUUCCAGCAUUCUGAGAAAACAUUCUGGAAAAUUUUUAGAUUCUCAAAACAUUUCAAAAUUCAGAAUAUUUAAUAUUGGCUAUUAAUUCCGCUAUUGUCAACUAGUGAUACGCAAAGUUCUGAAUUCCUUAAUUUAACAUAAGUUGGUUAGAAUUAGGAUAAACGUCAGUUUUGCACCACCCCCCAUGCACCCCUGUUGACCAGGGCCUGGGGGGGGGGCACCCCCCUAAAUCCACCACUGCAAGAACUUGUGCCGGUAGAGCCGGAGUUCCUUGCUAGCACUGAUUACACACAGACAUAUGACUAACUUAUUGUCAGUGAUAAAUGGUAAUACUCAGUGAGUAACCUUCUCAAUUACUCAAAGGUAAGCUUUACAUGAUUUUAAUUGCAUGCUCAAUAGAUCAAGAUAUAUGUAUUUAGUUCAUAUACUAUUUCAUAGGUAAACAUGCUGUGGCAAAGAAUGGCAAUGAAAAGAUUCCACUACUUGAGUCAGUUUUCAGAGCAUUUCCAGAACAUCCAAUAAAUGUCGAUAUUAAAGAUGACAAUGAUGAACUCAUUGAAAAGGUGCAAAAAAUAAAAAUUUCAAUAAUUCUGCAAUUUGAAUACUUGAUUGGGGAUGGGAACCUAAAGCCUGGUUCACAUUGUCUAGCAAUUCUGUCGGCAAUUUUGUCUUUCUGACAGGCCUUAAAACAUAGUGUGUAUUAUUUGUUUUGCUAAAGGUACACCAGCUAAUAGUCGACUAUAACAGGAAAGAUAUGACAGUCUGGGGCACUUUUAAUGAUGAAAUUAACAGCAAACUUUACAAGAAGGUAAAAGAAGAAAUUACAGGUUAAGCAUGCAAGCUAGGUCAUACCUAAAUUUAUAUCAUUUUGUAACUAAAAUUUUGUUCUAUAGGACCCAGAAAUUCCAACAUUAUUUGGUAUAUGGCGCUGUGUCUCACUAGUAGCAAUGUACUACCUCGGCAUCCUACCAUUUGUUCCUUUAAAAGAGGGUUUUUUAGAGAUUUUAUUGCCAUCCACAUUACUCAAGUAAGUAAAGCAUGAUGAUCGAUGAAUUUUAUUAAUACUAAGGCCAGGGUCAAACGUCAAACUUUUUAUGCACCAAACCUAAUGUUAAUGAGCUAAGUUCUUUGUUUCACUUCAUUUGCAUUAGGUUUGGCAUAUGAAAAGUUCGACGUUUGCCCCUGGCCUAACAUAUUACAAACAUUUAGAGUUUGUGUAGAUUGCUGGCUUUACCUUUUGUUUUUGUGACAUUAAAUUAAGUAUCAGGAAAAACCGUGGCAGCAUAAUGGUCUUUCUUCUUUCAAUCUGGCAGGCUGAAGGAAAAGAAAUAUAUGCAGUGUAAAAUCUUGUGACUGGCACUCAGAGAUCCCAAGGAUUAAGUGCUAAGUUUCAAGGCACUAAAUGAAUGUGUAUAAUAUAAAAAUUGUGCAAUAUAACCCAUUAUUACAAGUAUAAAGCUGCACUGCACCUUAUUAGGCAGUAAUAUUUCAUACUUUGAUAUCGACUCUUUCUAGUACCAGACAGUUUAAAGUGUUGCAUAUUAUUGGCCUACUCGGUUAUAAGUACAUUUUUUAUCGUUAAUUCAAAAUAUUUUGCAGGCGAGAUCUGACGAAUAAGCAGAGAAUGAUAGUGAGAGUUGUGGACUGGUAAGUUGAUUUUUACAUACCAGACUUUAUAGUUAAGAUUGAUCUUGGCAUAACCAGUCUGGCUGCACAUACUCUGCUUUGCAGACAUCCUUAUAUAGCCAGGGACACCAAGGCGAGGGCACAGGGGGGCAAUAUUGACAUAAGGGCAAUCAUUAAUUAAUAUUCUGUUUCCGAAAAAGUUUUCCGGAACCUUAAUUCACCAAAACAAGGGCAAAAAAUUUUUUAAAGUUAACCUAAUUUUUUACACAAUAUAUUCCAGAAAAUUUCACCUAUAUUUCAAUAUUACGUCCAUGCAUUUCACCCAUAAUUCAUACUUUUUAAUCGUUGUACCUCAUAUUUUUUUUAGUUAGAAUUUUCAUCUAAGGGCACGUUCACCCCUCUUACUAAAGGCAAGGGGGUGAUGCCCCCUGCCCAAGACAAGGGGGUGAUGCCCCUGCCAUCACCCAAGGGGGUGAUGCCCCUUUCCGGCAUCCCUGCUUAUAGCUACAGUGUAUGCUGCUCACGUUUACUCUGUCAAUGACAAUGUCAUACUGGAAAUAAAGUAUUAUAAGACUAGGUCAACAGUAAUUUCUUGUUCCAUUAGGUUCCUUAUGAGUCCUUCGUUGAUUAAACAUCUGGAAAGAAGAGGAAUACAGGUAUUUAAAGUCUAAAAGUUCAAGAAUUCUUACCCAAUUCACAAGUAUAUUACAUCAACUGCUUUUAAUUAUUUUUAAACUUUUUUCUUUAGACAUACCUCUGGGUUUUAAAUGAAGACGAAGAGUUCACAAGAGCUUUUGAAUAUCUUGGCGUUGCAGGCGUGAUGACGGACUAUCCUAGUAAACUCACAGAAUACUUGGAAAGAAAUACAAAUGACAAAAAUAAUUAGAACGUAAUUAAAACUCGAUAUUAAAUUAUUAAUGCUACGGCGUAAAUUGGUUCAUUGUAAAUUCACAUUCAUUAUUUUAUUAUUAAAGACUUUUAUUGAAUUAUACCUAUGUAUUAUAUAAGUUCUUUUUAUCUUAUAUUAACUUAUUAUAGAUGGGAAUUUCAAAUGUAAAUUUUAUACAUUUUAGACCUACUGUAACUAGGAGCAGUUGAAAAAUGCAACUAUACUACUAUAGGCCCUGAUGUUGGUAAAAGUGCUGCACCAGAAUUGCAGGGCAGCAGCAAGCAGGGUUUAAAAAUUGAUUCCUGCCAGAAGAGCUAGUACAUGUUGCAUUUUUCGGAACCGUUCCUGGCAAGCCUGAAAAUAAGUGUCCGGUCACGGUCAUUGACCUCUACAAAUACAUAAUUUCUAGUGUUUUAAUUGACAGGCACAAGUUUGCAUUAUUCAGAAACUUAUGUGAUUAUUUCUAUAUAUUAGCAAAAUAUUAAUUCAACAGGAUUAAAAUGCAAGGUUAGCAAAAACUGUUCUAAAUACCAUUGAAUGUAUGUAACCACUGCAUAUUUGAUUGACAGGUAUGUUUUUUUUUCAUGACAGGCACAUAUGCAUUGGUGCUGGUCAUUUUGACAGGCAGGCCUUAAAAAAUUAUUUCCAGGCUUGGUUCCUGGUAGCCUCCUCCGCAGGCAACUCUUAAAACACAUGAGGGAUAGUCAGGGAUAGUUGAUUUGAUAGUUACAUUAUAUUGUCACUUGGAUUAUCCAUCUUAUAUACCAUAUAAUAAAACUAGACAAUACUGUUUAUAAAAUCAUUUAUUUUAAAAGCGUGGUCGUACAUUCAUUUAAAUUAUGAUUAUACACUUCUUAAGUUAUAACAUGAUAAAUUAAUAAUUUUUUUGAGAUUUUAAAAUUCCAAAACUAAAUUAAAACCAUAUUAUUUAGCAUUUUGUGGCUUUUUUCUAACUAUGUAUAAUUAUGUACAAAUAUCUACAACCUACAUACAAUUUAUAAUGUCAUCUAAAGGCAUGUUUGCUAACUCUUCGUCACUUUCCGUAUCCGAUGGAGAUAAAUAAAGGGUAAAGGAAUUAUUUGCGUCUUGUGAAGAAUUCUCUCCAAGAUCCGAGGAUGGUUCGUUAUCCCAAGACGAUGCAUAAAGAACCUCAUUAACCUGUAAUGACCCUAUCUUGUCAUCGCCAAAUAACUCUUGACAAACCUCGUUCUCCCUCUGACAAAGCUUAUUUCCUUGACAAACUUCGUUAUCACCUUGACCAACUUUGUUAUCUCCCUGAUCAUUCUCGUUAUCUCCCUGAUGAUCCUUUUUAUCCGAAGAUAACCCUGGACGAACUACAGGUGAACCUGGUUCAACCUUGGUUACUUUUGAUGGCGAUUCAACGCCAAAUGCACAUGCUCGUUUCCUUGGCGAUAAGGGUGGAGUCACUCCAUCUAAUAUACUUCGACUCAUAAUGACCCUUUCCUCAACCUCACGUACAAAUUCAUACAUGGCUGGUAUGAUAGCUUCGUUCCAGUAGGAUUCAUUAAACUCAAAUGGAGUUUCCCGAUUUUCACCAUGUAAUCGCUCGAGUAAAAUCCCUUUGCUUUUAUUGCACAAGUACAUAUAAGCUUGCAGUUGGAGAACAUCGUAAUCAGGGCACAUGAAUCGUCUGGUACGGUUCUUAACCUCGACUAUGGUGCUCUCGUCACGAGCAUCAACACGACCGACAAGGAGCCAGGAUAUGUCAUUAUAUGUCAAUAUCUUGCGAUACAACUUUGCUGGUUCUCUGCGCACAGCCUUUCCCGAGGCAACUGCAAAUUCUGUGACAGUUUUAGCUUCCAAAACAGUCCCUCUGUCGCGACGUAAUUUGUGGGCUAAAGCGUCUUGAGUCGGUUUGUCCACAGCCUUGCCCGUUUCCUUGACGAUAGUCUUACAAACCUACAAUUGCAAUAGUUCUGUUAAUAAUAAAAUACCAUCAAUGGUAAAU